GGAUGAAAAAAUAAUACCAAACUAAGCCAUUGUCUAACACAUAUGGUUCUCCAGAAAAAUUUGAAUUGAACUUCUCCGCAGCAGAUAAACUUGUCGUUUCUUCUUUCUUCGCCUCAGCCACUCUUUGGUCUCAGGCGUAUUUCUGAUUCUUCAACUUCCAGUUUGUGGGUCUUCCAGAGAGCUGAAAUCUCAGUUUUACAGGACGAUGCCACAUAGAACCCGACCUAUGACGGCACUCUUGGUUUUCACUGGAGUGAAUGCUGUACUAGUUUCGACCAUUGGCCCGGUCUAUGAUUUUGUCUGCUUUCUCCCAUAUUGGGAAAGAAGGAGGGAACGGUGUCACCAAGAGCGCGAAGCUGCUUUAGCAAAGGAUUCUCAAUUAAAGUAGAAUUGGUUAUUAGUUGAAAUCUCUUAAACAUCAGGUUCUUAAAUUUUUGUAUUAUUUAAUGAGGUUCUAGUAUCUUCUUAAUUAUCACACAAGAGGAUGCUAAAACUUGUUUACAUGCCAAGAAGCUAUGAAUCUUCUUUUCGUAUACAUUGU